AUGUCGGACAUUCUUGUGCUUCUCUGGGCAUCCUUGUUCAUAACUGCUUGCAGUGAAACAAUUCCGGAAAUUUCAAUGAAUCUUGUUAGAUUACGUGAAGAUCUCCGAGUUGGUGAAUUUGCGUUUAACAUUAUAGCAACUGAUGCAGAUGAUGACCCAUUAAGUUACUCACUCACAGGAGAAAAUUCUUUUUACUUUACUGUAAAUCGAACCACAGGAAAUGUAACAAUACGUUCUCUUAUGGACAGAGAGGUUUCAAAAGAAGUUCGCAUAAUUUUGGAUGAUGCAAAUGACAACAGACCGAUGUUUGAUCCUCCUUCAUAUGAUAUACACAUCCCAGAAAAUACUUCUGAAAACACAGUUCUGCUUCAGGUUACAGCCAAUGAUCCUGAUGACGGUUUAGCAAAAAUUGUAAUUUACAAAAUUGAUAAUGUUGUACCAAGUGAUGGAAUUGACCUGUUUUCAAUCUCUAAUCGAAAUGGUGAAGUUAAGCUUGCAGGAAGUUUAAAUUAUACAAGUAAAAGCUCUUUUUAUCAGUUAAAAAUCAAUGCAUCGGACUGUGGUGGACUUUAUCAUGGAAAGAAUAUCAUUCAGUCCAGUACAGCAUUUGCAUCCAUCACUGUAAUUGAUGUUCCUGACCUUGAUCCACAGUUUAUUAAUGUUCCAUAUGCAGUUACUGUCACUGAGAACACACCUGUAGGUCACUCUGUCUUUAAAGUGAGAGCUAUAGAUCCGGACAAGGGAGUCAAUGCCUCCAUGCUUUACCGCAUUCAAAGUAGCAAAGGACCUGAUUUAUUUGAGAUCAGUGAAAGUACUGGUGACAUAUCUGUCAAAAAGCUUUUUGAUAGAGAAGAAUUGUUGGACAUUGAUACCACAGUUAUACUCACCCUUAUGGCCAGUGAAACCACAGAAAAUGUUCAUGGAACUUUUUCCAACACUUUGACAGAUAUGAAGAUCACCAUUGGUGAUAUCAAUGACAACAAACCUAAGUUUUAUUACUGCACUGUUAAGCUGUGCCCCUUAAACACAGAAGCAACCAGCUUCAGCGGUGAUAUCAAUGAACAUUCUUCUGUAGGUGUUUCUGUAACAGGCUUGAACAUUUUUGCACGAGAUCCGGACCAGGGGCCAAAUGCUACAUUCAGCUUACACUUGGAAGGGCAAGACAAAGACACCUUCUAUGCGUCACCUUCAUCUGCCACUUCAGAGGCUCAGGUCCAAAUUCAUGUUAACAAUCCACAAGAUAUUGACUAUGAAGAAAAGAAAAUUAUGAUAAUUGAGGUUGUAGCUACUGACAUCUCCAGCAUGGACUGCUGUUCCACAGCAACUGUCACCAUUCAGGUCAAUGACAUUAAUGACAACACGCCAACUUUCCAGCAUGAAACCUAUGAUAUAGAAGUCAAGGAACACAGUCCAAAGGGCACAGUUAUAGCCACCAUUACAGCAGCAGAUCCAGACACAGAAGAUAUAAACUAUAUCACCUACAGACUUUUACCAGACAGCAUAUUGAAGUACUUUAAUGUCAGUCCAAGGACUGGUACCAUUAAAGUGGUUGAUGGCAAACUGAUUGACCGUGAGGUCAGUGCAUCUUUCUAUGCUACUUUACAAGCAACAGACAGCAACAAACAUGUAGGGAGAACUAACCUGGAGAUCAGCCUCCUAGACAUAAAUGACAUGACCCCGAACAUACCCAGGGAGUCAUAUGUCGAGUUUGUGAAGGAAGGACUAAGUCAGCCAUUAUCGCUGCAAAUCCAUGCCACUGAUGGCGAUCAAACGGCAACAAACAACAGCAAGAUCCAAUACAGAAUCGAGAGUAGUGAGUUCAGUCAUAACUUCACCAUCAAUAUAGACACUGGAGAGUUACAAAAUAAAUAUCAGUUAGAUCGAGAAGCAAUUAAUCCCUUACUUAAUGGGGCGAUUGUGUUAAAUGUAACAGCUACUGACAUGGGAAUACCGCCUAGAGCCACGUGUGUGAAAGUUACAGUCAAUGUGGAGGAUAUUAAUGACAACACACCACUUUUAAAAGAAAGUAAAAAUGAAUUUUUCAUCAAGGAACGGGAAAAAGGGUCAUUUGUGGGCUCAGUGUUUGCUGAUGAUGCCGACCAAACAGAGAUUAACAAUCGCAUCUCUUUUCGUAUCACUGAUGGCAGCUUUGGGAACUUCAUUAUCAUCUCCUCAGCAGAAGACAAUGGGGGCUUUUUCGGUAACAUAUCUGUGGACCCAGAUGUUGAGCUGGAUUAUGAGCGGGGGCAAAGGCUAUACACUCUAACAAUUGAGGCCACAGAUCUGGGGCAGAGAAAGGAUACAGUAAAAGUGAAGGUGAAUGUGCUGGAUGUAAAUGACGAGCGACCAACGUUGCCUAAAGAUUUGACGUGGCAUGUAGCUGAGAAUACCACUGGUCUGGGGGUGGUGGGUACAAUAGUCGGCGGGGAUCUGGACAGUAACCACUCCCUGAUUUAUGAGCUCAUCUCCAUGCACUGUUACUGCAAUGCAACCAUGGGUCCAUGUGAUAAGGAAUGGUUCAUAGUGGAGCCUACAGGUGCUGUCAUGGUCAACGAGGAAUUCAUGAUUGACUAUGAGAAGUGUACUCAAGUUCUGCUGGAAGUCCAAGUGGUGGAUAUUUUCACAGAGAAAGGGGUGAAUACCACUAAACUGGCAAUUAGUAUUGAUGACCUGAAUGACAAUAUUCCUGUCUUCAUGAUCCCUGAUGGACUGUGCCUUGCCAGUCUCGACAGUAACUUAAAAGGAAAAUAUCUGAUUACUAUUGAAGCAAAAGACACUGGAAACCUAGGAGUGACAACUCAGAUUGAGAUUUAUACUAUUGACAGAUCCUAUCGUGUCGGCCUUCGUUUUGAAUCAUCAGUGGCAGAAAUCAACAGAAAUCUGAACCACAUUAAAGGGUAUCCCUGUGUUUUAGUUGCACAGCAUAAAUAUGUGUCGGGUGGAGUAGAAAUAAAGGAGGUUGAUCUUGUGUUUCUCGCACUGAUUGGCUUGGUAGCAGGCCUUGGGAUAAUUUUGGCUAUUAUGAUCACAUCGCUUGUCUGUACACAGAAAACCUACAGAAGGAAGCUGAAAGCAGCCAAGGCCAUGAACACAGCAGCAAUGAUGCAAACAGAGAGUCACAAGAGCUGUGCAGUAGUGCCUGGUACCAAUAAGUACACAACAGAGGGGGCCAACCCUGUGCUGAAUCUGAAAAUUGAUGAAGCCACAGACCUUCUGAGCUUUGAUCAAGAAGGUUGCUGUGCUGACAGACUUGGCCUCGAUUCCUUGGGCUGCAACGCUGACCUGAACUUGACUGAAAAAGAUAUCAUGCCAAUGAUGGUAAUUGCGGAAGAGGAUGAGGAGGAUGGUAGUGACAUACAGUUGGACAACAGGAACACUGAGCUGUUUGAAGCUGCUUUGGCACAACAGGACGAAAAUAAAGCCUCAAAUAUUGGGGAAAGCUAUGACAAUCCCACCUUCAGCAUCACUGACCUUUAA